AUGUCCUGGUUGUCUCCAGUCCAGUGGGCAAAAUGGACAUGGACAGCAGUAACAGGAGGACCAGGCGAGGAGGCUAUAAAUGAAGGAACAGAGAAUUCAGAUUCAGAAGGCACAUAUGACACUCCAGAGGCAGAGUCCCCAGGAGUGUCCAAGCUGCUGGGACGACUGGACCACUCACCCCACACAGGCAUAUCUGAAGUCUCAAACCACUUCCCAGACCAGAACUCCAACCUGGGCAUAGCUACAGAGUCACCGGAAGAUGACUCCGCAGCAGGCCCCACUAGCCCGAGCCGGCCCCUUCAUUCCAUCCUGGGAAAUGGCCUGGACCAGAACCUCAAUGUGACGACUAGUCCUCCACACCGGUCUCCCACCACACGCCCUCCCUCCCUAAGUCUCCACUCCACACCAGACCCUGCAGAGGUGGAUGAUGAAGCACCCCCAGACUCAAACCACGCUUCUACAAAUGACAUUUGUUUGGACAGUGACUUAAUCAACGGAAACUUGAAUUCUGAUAAAUUGAGCUGUAGCCUGGAAGCCCCUAAAGCCACAAUGAUGACGAACUCUUGCCACAUGAAUCAGAACCUCAAAGUCCUCGAGGAGCCUCACAGAAAACAUGCCACUGAUGAAGAAAAGUUGGCCGUCACAGUUGUCAAACCUGAGCAAGACCAGACCUUUGAAGAUUGUUGUGUGAAGUCUGGAGAGUCUGACUCUGUGCACGAUAACCCUGACAGCAUGAAGAACAGAGGAACAGGAAGUCACUCACAGACAACUGGAAGUCAGGUGCUCGACUCCAUUUGCAUCAGUGAAGAAGAGAAGCUGGCUGUUCUCACUCUCAUCAGGGAAGAGAUCAUCGCCAAGGAGGCAGAAGUGAGUGGCUGGAAGCACAAAUUUGAAGAGAGCAGACAUGAAGUCACAGAGAUGAGGAAAAUAGUAGCAGAAUAUGAAAAGACGAUUGCUCAAAUGAUAGAGGAGGAGCAGCGCAGUAAAAUGACUUCCCAGAAGGCUUUGCACGACAUGACGAUGGAAAGGGACACAGCGCUGAAUGAUCUGAACUCUGUGGAGCGAUCUCUGUCUGAUGUGUUUCGCCGAUAUGAAAACAUGAAAAGCACAUUGGAGGGUUUCAAGAAGAAUGAAGAAGUAUUGAAAAAGUGCGCUCAAGAAUACCUGACCAGAGUCAAACAAGAGGAGCAGAGAUAUCAGACUCUGAAGCUUCACGCAGAGGAAAAACUAGACAAGGCCAAUGAAGAGAUCGCUCAUGUGCGGGCCAAGUUGAGCUCCGAGAAUGUAGCACUCACGGCCAGCUUGAGAAAAGAACAGAUGAAGGUGGAGUCUAUGGACCAGGCCUUACAGCAGAAGAAUCAGGAAAUGGAGGAACUCACUAAGAUCUGUGACGAACUCAUUGCCAAAAUGGGAAAAGGAGAUUGA